AUGCCGUCCCACAUCGACUGCUACCUCGACUGUGGUGCGCCGUUCUUUUGCCCCGAUCAACAUCCAUUACAACGACCGCCAGCUUCCUUAUACAGCUUCUUCGCGUUUCUCCAUCUAUGCAAGAUCCGGCCACAGCUUGCCUCACACGGUGUCUCUUUCGAGUGCGUCGCCAGUGUCGUCGUUCUCAUCCAAUCCCUCUCAGGCAACGAGCCGCCGUGGACGCUUCCCGCGAAGGCGGCGUAUAUGGAGCUCGACAUCGCGCGCACGGCUCGGUACCACGGUGUCUCUGGCGUUGCGCAGCCUGCGUUCUUUCCCGCGUCUACAGUCAUGGCCCAGCGGAUCCUAUGCUACGUGAAAGCGACCUUCCCCCAACCCGCCUUCGAGCAGACCUUGCUGUCGUUCUUCCGCUCGCUCUGGGUGCUUCCGCAUGCCGAUAUCUCGAAACCCGACGUCGUUCGAGGCGUGUUGGACGAAUUGAACCUUUACUCGGACGCGCAAGUCGACGCGAUAUUGACGGCGCCGGCCCAGAAAGAAUGGAAGGACUGUCUCACGAGCAAUACACGCAGAGUCGUCGAGCUCGGGGCUUUCGGAGCGCCGUGGAUGUGGGUGCAGGACGGCAACGGGAAGGAGGAGCCCUUCUUCGGGAGCGACAGAUUCCACUUCAUCUGGGAGUUUCUCGGUCUUCCCUGGCAAGAGUCGGGUCUCUUAACGCCUACCUCCAAGUUGUAGGUUUUUGUCUCUUACGGUAGUGGACGUGUCGGUAUGGGCGGUAUCACGAUGGAUGAAAGUAGUCAAUGUUAGCCCGACAUGUAUAUCGAAAGAUGCGGAGUCUAAGCUAGCUACUUGAAU